ACGUCGUGCAAUCGUUAAUGCAAGGCUACACCCCAGACGAGUUGGACACACUCUUGAAAGACUCUGAUUCUGUCAAGAUAUAUGCGGUUACGUCCUUGACCGACAUCUGCGGAACUCUGCUCCCAAACUUGGCCGAUUUGUUGUAUCACGGAAACAAUGACAUGGGCGUCUUGUUUUACUGGCUGUUGGACAACACGGCUGCGGCGGAAAAUGAUCGUUAUGUCGUCGCAGAAAGGAUGCCAUUUUACACGCUGCAGCGGGCCCUUGAGGAAUACCUGUUAACCAAAGCCCUCCCGGAGUCUCAGCACGAGGACAAAAGUAUCAAGGACCACUCACUGCAAUGGUAUUGUCGCGAUCUCCGCAACUGCGUGGCUACAGCGAUGGAGGACACCUUCCUGUUUCCGCAGAUGGACUACGCUCUAGACAUAAGUUCAUCUCCUCAUCGAAUGAAGACUCACGUGGCAAGUGGCGAGGGGCUGCUUUUCUUCGGCCCCCUCGUGAUCGAGCACGAUUCAGGAAUGCACGUGAACAGCUUGAAGGCAGCCGCCCAAGGUGGAACCCCCACAAUGGAUCUCGAUGAGGAAAUGCGACUAGAUAAAAACGUGGCUCAGGCACGACAAUUGCGCUACACCGAGGCUGCAAAGUUUCAGAAGCAUGUGCCCGACCCACUUGUGGCGCUAGCCGAGCCGGUGAAUGCCUGCACAAGCCGGGGAGCAGUAGGUUAUGAUGGCAAACAUACUCGGGAGUCAGCGCCAUGGUUCACUUUUUUACCGAAAAGGACGAAGCAUCACAUUGUCCGGGUCCUCACAGAAGCGGAUUUCACUGCCAAAAUUACAACGGUACUUCGAUAGUGUCGUGUUCCCAGCUUGCAAACGAUGAGACGAAGCUUACCUGAUUCCUUAGUGUGUCGAUCAGUUUGACGUAGGUUGUCAAAAGACUCCUUCUGCCUAUUAUUUUCGAAAUGCUGGAGUUGUAGUUAGACUCGAUAGAUAUCGCUGUGGUGAUUGUAUUUCAAGCCCCUUCCUACAGUUUGGCGGGUCACCGGAGUUUUCGCGUAUUCGCUUUCCAGGCAAGUUGUUGCGAUUCAAUGUUACGAGCGUGCCUGUUGGUGGAGCGGCCGCAAAGGAAGAGCAUUCCUCUGAUACGGCCCCCGGAGAGACCGACGCCAGCAAUGCUGCCACCGCUGGAGACUCAGAGACAACAAGCUCAAAUUCAACGACAGCUGCGGACGAUGGAACAGACGCGAGCGCCGCAUCAUCCGCUUCAUCAUUACUCGCUUCAACAGGUGGAGCAGAGCGUGGCAGUGGAUCCUUCUUUAGCGCGCUGUAUCGUUCGGCACCGAGCAGUGACAAAAGGGAAGUAGAGAAAGAGAGCAGUGCGGAGCCGAAAGUCGUAGUUUUCACGUCUGUCCUGGCUGGAAAUGAUGACGCAUAUCAUGCGGUGCGUUUUGGUUAUGUGGGAGAGGAUGGCUUCGACAUCGCAAUUUUUGCCGACAAGUUGUCAGGACCAUCUUCCUCAAAAGGGGCUGCGUUGGUCAACAGAGGCGCAACUUCGUCUGGUAAGCAGGCAAAUCAAGAGGAGGUCGGCGAGGGGAGGGGGCGUCAGCGGUUCCGCAUGGCCUAUCUCGCGCUGCACACGGGUGGGAGUAUGUUCGAUUCUGUUUUGGGAUCUUACUCGGCGG